AUUUAAUUAUGAUUUUAGAAAAAAAAACUAUUUUAUUAUAAUUUUAAUUAAUUUAAUUAAUUUAAUCAAUGAAAAAUAAUUUAAUUAAUAAAAUGUUACAUAAUCAAAGUAAAACAUUUGAAAAUGAUGAAGAAAAUUCAUUUGAAAAUGAUCAUUUAUUAACAUAUUUAUCAUUACCAAAUUUAAAUGUGACAUAUUUUUUAUAUAAAACAGAAUAUACUACUGAAAUGAAUUCAAUAAAUCAUAUUGAAAUUAAAAGAUAUAAUGAAUUAAUAAAUGAGCAAUUACAAUAUAAAAUUAAAAGAAAAACACAAUAUUUAUCAAAAUCAUAUACAUCAUUAUCAUUGAAUAAACAAUAUGAUACUACUACUACUACUACUAAUAAUAAUAAUAAUAGUAGUAGUAGUAGAAUACAAAAUAUAAGUCAUAGUGAUUGUUUAUUAUUAUUUAAAUCAUUGAAUAAUAGAUCAAAAUGUGUAAUUAAUUUAACUGAACAAAAAAGUCAAUUAUCAUUUAAUGAAAAUGAAUUAUCAAAUAAGAAUAAACAUAUAAAUGAAUUUACAGCUCAAUCUGAUCUGCAUCUAGAUUGUAAUACUGAAAUACAAAAACAAUCUGUAUAUGGUGAUAAUCAAAGAAACGUUAGUGAUUCCUUAUUUCUAUUAAAUACAUUUGAACAAUCUACUUCUAAUUCAAAAUAUUACAAUAAUCGUCAUCAUAGUUUGAAAAUUAAAAAAACAAAAUAUUCCGCUAUUUCUAGAUUACAUUCAAUACAUUUUAUUCCACAUGGAUUUUAUAAUUAUUUUUAUGAUCAAAUUAAAAAAUCUGAUCAUCAAAUAAAACGUCAUAAAACCCUUAUUAAUAAGUUAAAUACAACAACUAUUAAUAAUACUACUAAUAAUACUACUCAUAAUACUAAUAAUAAUAAUACUACUAAUAUUAAUAGUAGUAAUCCAUCAGUUAAAAAACAAUUUCUACGACAUUUUUCAUUUAUUUAUCAUGAUAGAAAAUUAUCCUCAUCAUUAUUAUCAUCAUCAUCCGCAUCAUCCGGAUUAUCAUAUUCAAAUCAUUCACAUUUAAAAAUAUUAUUUAAAAAUAAUGAUCAUGAAAAUUGUUAUCAUAAUAGAACAACACCUUUAACAACAUCAUUAUUGGAUAAAUCACCGAGAUUAGAAAGAAAAUUAAGCAAACUAGCUAUUGGUGUACGGGAUAAGAUAACAACGCUCUGUCGUUCGGCUAGUUCAGCUUUACCUCAGUCAUAUGGUACUGAUAUCGUCAUUUCAAACCAUAGAGUGUUUCUGGAAAAAUUAUUUCGGUCGGGUGGGCCAACUAGAGAAGAUGUAGAAGAUUGGGCGCGUUCAUUUGAAUCUGUGUUAAGGGACAAAUAUGGUGUCCUGGUGUUUAGGGAAUUUUUACGCACAGAAUUCAGUGAUGAAAAUAUACGUUUUUGGCUUAUAUGUGAAGAUUAUCGUAAUAAAUCUGGUACAAAAAAUAUGCAACGUAAAGCAUUCAAAAUUUUUAAUGAAUAUGUAGCUGUUCAAGCUGCAAGAGAAGUAAACUUGGACUCUAAUACGAGGUUGCAAACUGAAAGAGAACUUGCAUCAGCUAACAAAAACACAUUUGACCAAUGUCAACGUAGAAUUCAAUCCUUGAUGGAAAAGGAUUCUUAUCGCAGAUUUUUACGAUCAGAUUUAUACUUAACGGCAGUGGAAUUAAGCAGGAUAAGAGAAUGUAAUAUGUCUAAUAAACUUGGUCGGCAUUCUGUGAUAGAUUUCAGAGGAAUUAAAAGUGCAUUUACUAUAUCUAAGUAUUCUUCUGUACCACCAAGCAUCGCAUCAUCAACUAUUACUUAUGCAGACAGCUCCAGUAGUUCGAUGACAAAUCUUAACAGUAAAAUCGUUUCAACCAAGAUGAAUGAGAAAUAGGAUAACCAUUACGACAGUAAUAUAUUGUUAUGGACAAACUUAAUCACUUCCCGUGGAGUAAAAUCAGUUUGACCAUAAAUAAAGUUUUGAACUACAAACUCCAAGUACGCUGAUGUUUAAAGAGAAAUGACAGCAGUUUAAUUUUCUUCAGAUAUCAACGAACUACUAUUUAACUUUGGUGAAAUGAAAUGUAAAUGAAAGAAAUAUUUCAAAAUUGUAAAUGUGAAUUUAGUAAAAUUACAGUUUAUUUUUGAUACCAAUCUGUUUGUUCUUCUGAUGAAGCAUUCAUUAAUUUGGAGUAGUGAUAUAUUGCAGAUCCUAACUGACAUCUUAAGCAAGCUAUAUAAUUGUGUUUUCAUGUAAAUGAGACAUCUUGUGAAUUCUAACACUCGAUAUAACAAAUGAUAGAAAUCUUGGAAAGAACCCAUUAUAUUAAAUCUAUGUUUUUAUCUGGGAAUUUGUUGAAAUUACGUUAUGAUUAAAUGCACUGACUGAAUUUUUCCAUAAAAUAUCAAGCAAUUAUUUUUGACGAGGUCAUAAUAUGGUGGUUUAAUAAUAAGACAUAGGAAUAUUUUUGGUAGCGAUCAGGUACUCGGGAAGCUAAUAAAGAUAAAAAAGCUUAUGAGGACAAAUAUUUACAAACAGAAUUGUCAGUAUAGACUGAUUUGGGUCUCAUAAAAUAAUGCUAACGAGAUCAUUUUUAUUCAAACAUCUAAUGAUUAAUUCACCUUAUAUUGGACGUUUGAAGAGAUUGAUCACUUGCAGUCCUAAACGUCAAUGGAA